GUGAAGAAAGUGAAACAAGCGGUGAAUAUAAUCGACUCGAAGAGAGCGCAUAACGUGGGAAUACUGGUUAAGUCACUGCAUCUCAAUAUGGAUGACAUCGAGAACGCGGUCUACAAUUUCGACAACUCUGUCGUCGACUCCGAAACGUUGGAACAGAUAUUCGAAGUGAUGGCCACCAAAGAAGAGCUCGAACUCAUCCAAAAGCACGUGACCAACAAUCCGGACAUACCGUUGGCCAAAGCCGAAGAGUUUCUGUACAACUUGUCUCAGAUCCACGAGUUCGCCGACAGAGUCCAGUCGAUUGUCUACGAACUCAAAUUCAGCGACCAUUUGAUCACAAUUGAGAGCCGAUUGAAUAACUUCAAAAUCCUGUGCCAAUCGCUGACCACAAUGGCCACCAUUAAAGACCUGUUCGUCAUUAUCCUAACGUUAGGCAAUUACAUGAACGGCGGGAACCGCGACAGAGGACAGGCCGAUGGCUUUGGGCUCGAGAUUCUGCCCAAAUUGCGUGACGUUAAGGGAAAACAAAACAAUGUGUCGCUUCUGGAGUAUGUCGUCCGCACUUAUAUCAAGAACUACUGCUCGCAAGUGCUGUCCGUCGAUGAGAUACGGUUCCCAUUGCCGGAGCCGUCCGACUUGGAGAGGGCGUCAGCCAUUGUUUUUGACGACAUUGUGGCCGAUAUCACAGCUCUGGAGACAGAAAUGCAUUCCUGCGAACGGAAAGUCGAUAAAGUGUUGAAAUGCGCGCAAAACCCGCAACACGUCGAGCCCUUUGAGUCCCGAAUGAAGGCAUUCAUCGAAAAGGCGAAGAAUCAGAUCCGGGAACAGACGGAGAAUGUCGAGGAAUGCAAACAAAGAUUUCCGGAAACAAUGGAUUAUUUUAUAUACAAACCAAAGUCGAACAAAGAGUCCGAUUGGCCCAAAGAGUUCUUUCAUCAUUGGAUACCAUUUUGUCGCGAUUUUAAGGAUAUAUUCAAACGAGAGAUUCAGAAGACCAUCAAAAAGAAUGUGGAGAUAUCGAAACAGAAGGUCAAAGAGUUGAAAGAAAAGCAACAAUUGGAGCAACAGUUGGCUAAGAAGAAGAUCACUUCCGGCGGUCUU